GGAAUCUUCAGAAACAGCUGAUCUCAGGAGGUUCCACACCAGGUUCUUUAGCUUUUUGUUCUGGGAUUCUAGAACGAUAAUUCUGUGACUCUCGAAGCAUCUUUCAACACACCUCCCAAAAAGUGUGUGUGUGUGUGUGGGGUGGCGAAAGAGAAUCAUGGUCUUCCCUGCUGCCUGAAUCUGAGCUGAGGUUAACCAUCACCAAUGUCGUUCUGGUGUGGAGUUUUAUUUGCGGUAACCACAGUUUUCUCACUGAACGUGCUGUACCACGACUUGUUUGUCACUGAGCCCAAAGAUCCCACUGUUCCGAAGGGCUUCCUCUUGGAUUCACUCCACCCUCCCGCUGGAAACUGGGUCGCUCCCAAAGACCCCAAGAGCUUGGAUUUCAUUAGCUCACCCGAGUUCAAGAUCCACCAGCCCUUCACUGCCUUGCUACCUGCUAAACAGGCAAUCGAAAUUCAGUUUGAAAAGGAGCUCCCAAAGUUGAUACACACCAACUGCAGCCACUUGAGUGGGGUGGGAAAAAUACCGCCAAUGCUUUUUUGGCACAGCAGUAUCCCACAAAUCACAGCAUGCUGGAGCAACUCGGCCGUUCUGGCGGCAUCCGUGGAGAGAGAAGCAGUUAACGUUUCAAAGGUGUCAGAAGAAGAAACAACUGACAAUGAUGGAGAACCUCUUGCAGAGACUGGUCUAACAGUUGUAGAAACAGAUCUACCUGUCAAAAAUACUGAACAAGCAAUUUUGGACAUUAUAGAAAUUGUGGAAUUAGAAACAGAUUUGGAAGUAGACUACCAUGAUGAUAUAAUCAUAAAAGAUGAGCUGCCAGGAGAAGCGUUACAAACAUGUCCAGCAAAGGAUGCUGCACUGGUCAAAACUGAGGUUAAAGGAAAAGUUGAAAAUCCUGUCAGUGAAGUCAUCAGUUUGGGAGAACAAAAUGAUACUUCUGUAGAAGAAGGAAAUAUCACAACAAUGGAAGAAGAGAUUCACAAAGAACAACCAGCACAGGAGUCAGUACAAUACCACCUACAAAACCAUCUAGAGCACGAUGUCUUUCUACUCCUGGGAGUUCACUUGGUGCUUGUCAUCAGUGUUCUAGCAAUGGGUUGUAGGUGCUUAUGUGCCCAUAAGCAUCAUGUAAAUGACACUGUUGAUACGGAAGAGCUAGUAGUGACUGUAGGUUUAAUUAGCUGUAUAGUUGUUGCACUCUUUGCACUGCUAGGAGCUACCAUAAUUUUAUUCAUCCGUAUAUUGCUAGCAAAAUUCCCAUAGCUGUACUUCACC